AUGGGUCUCGGCUGGGGGAUUAGCCUGUGGCAGGACAAUGCCACCAAAAUCCGUCUUGCCCAGAUAGAGCGGGACCGUGACGUGGCAAUUGCCCGUCUGGAGCGCAACGACGGAGUCGGUCCCCGCUCUCGGCAGGCGGAUGGAGGUGGCAUUGGAGGAUUGCCCAGGCUAACCGCCUCAGCCCCCAUCGCGGUGGAGCCUGGAAGCACCGGGUGGGCUUGGGGCAAUUCCUGGGGGGUAUACUCCAUGGACCUUUCAUUCGGCCACGACGAUGCGGUUCUCCCUUCUACGACUGCGGCUCCUGGAAGCAAGAGCAAAGACAACACAAGAGCAAUAACAGUCACCGCUGGCCACAAGACAUGAAACAAUCAGCAUUGCACAGCCAGGGCCCGCGAGCCCAGAUACAAGACAAGCCGCCGAAAGGCCUCGAUGUUCUGCCAUCAUUCAAUGCUUCAACUAUCUUUCUCAAGCCCCCUUUCUCCUGGUGAAUUGGGUUCGGCAAUCAGAGCAAGCAACUUGUUCGUCGCCUUCACCGCAGCGGGAUGCAACUUUCCCACAUGUCUCAGCAUACAUCGUCCAUAUCAACUGCACAACUGCCAUGAACGAGUCGUCGUUUCUCCCACGCUGUUUAUGGACAGCCAAAUCACUGGCGCGCCGCAGUCCGUCUUCUCCUCGACUCUUGCACGAUUUCCUCCAUAAGAUCAAAAAGCUCGCCAUCAGCCAUUGCCUGCACUCUUUCCCGCUGUGAGCUUCUCGCACCCUGUCCGAAGCCUUCAUAGGCUCUCAUACCAAAAGUCCAAGCUGUCGUCGAGGAACUCGAGAAUGUACUCGUCGGUGGAAUCGCACUGCCUCCACUACUUCCACAUCUCCGACACAUUCCUGCCAGAUUAUUGCCGAAGUCUAGACUCGGCAUCAAGGGACAUUGCCCAGGAACUUGUGGCGCAAAAUGGGAUCUGGAACGUCGCUCUCCCUCGAAGUCUUUACCCUCCUGCAUUCCUUCCGCCCACGCACCCAAUGCUGCGAUGCCGAAGACUCCCAAGAAGGUCAUUCCGCCCAAUCCGCCGAUAAACAAGAGGCUUUCGCCAGCGAAGGAUAGUCCUGAGGAGCUUGACAUUGUGGGGAAUCUUGGUUCCUUGACGCAGAGUGAAACCUUCUGACAGAAAGGAGGUUGCUAAAGUGAUGCGGCUUGGAUGCAAGGAUGUCGUCCGAUCAAUGCUGUGGCAAAGGAUUGUUGGUCGAGUAGUGUGGUGGAAAUUGUUCGCCGAGUCAGCAGCUGGAGCGGUGGCGUCUGUCGUCGUUGGGUCAAGAUCACUUUGAGGAAGAGGAAGACGAGCAUGUCAGAAGACAGUCUUCAAAUAAAUACUCUGGUGGAUGUGGGAUCACAAGAGGACCUUUCCCGUGUUGGAAUUUGGACACCAAUCAAUACCUUUAACCAAAU